AUGGGGAGGAAGGCCAAGAUAAAUCGAAUCCGGCAGAUGACGAGCUCCUCCCCUUGGAAUAGUUCUGAUCCAAAAGACCUGCAACAAUACUUAGACAGUGACAUUCAGACUGGAACGUCAGAAUUCGAUAGAGCAUGCCGCGCUGCAAUCGACAUAGUGAUUACUUCAAUUCAGAAUGACCCUUCAAUUCUUAACAGCAAGGUUGUGAAGGGUGGAUCACUGGGAAAGGGUACCAUGGUAAAAGAUAUCUCUGAUGUUGAUCUGGUUAUAUUCAUGAAUGAACCUGCUAUGGAACCUGUUGACAAAGUUGGACGCAUCCGCUAUCAAGAGCAGCUGAAUGUGGUUCUAAGACAACUGAAGAUCCACGUUGAUUUAAAUUUGUCGGGUGUUACAAACAUCCAACUAAACCAAUACUUGUUGAGUUUCACGAUUCAAGUUCAAGGUCGGUGGUCUGUUGACGUUGAUCUCCUCCCGACGGCUGACAACAGGUCCAGUUUCAGUGAUCUAAGCCAGAUGUUCGACAGGAUGCUAAAAGAAAGCCCAGAUGUAAGAGAAUAUUACUCCCCUUCCCUUGUGAAGGUCCAGAAAAAGUUUGUCAAGAAUCAACCUCCUGCAGUGAAAUCUCUCAUCCGGAUGGUCAAGGUUUGGGCAUACCAGUGUCUUCCCGAAUCUCUGCGCAAGUCCUACCCUCUAGAGUUGCUGACAAUCCAUAUGUGGGAGAGGGCUGGGUCUCCGGGAAGAUUCAAGUUGGAGAGAGGGUUCCGUUGCGUCAUAGCGAUCUUACCCUACCUCCACUGUCAACUAAAGCCAGUCUAUUGGGAAAAAAAUCAUUCCAAA